AUGGGUGCAUCAACUGUGAAAGAGGCAUGGGACACGCUACAGGGGGAGUUCCAAGGAACUAUCAAGGUACGCACAGUCAAACUGCAAAAGCUUAGAAGAGAUUUCGAAAAUCUUAAAAUGAAGGACAAUGAGACUGUAAAAAGUUACUAUUCUAGAAUAAAAGAAAUAGGCAAUAAAAUGGGAGUCUAUGGAGAAAUAAUUUAUGAAAAGAAAAUAGUAGAAAAAAUACUAAUUUCUUGUACAGAAAAAUAUGAUGCAAUAAUUUCUUUGAUAGAGGAAACAAAAGAUUUAGAAACUCUAUCACCAAUUGAACUAAUGGGCUCUCUUGAAGCCUAUAAAAGAAGGCGAGAAAGAAAUGAUGAAAAUUCUACUUAA